UCCCAUUGGGGGCUAAAUUAGCCUCUUGUGGGCAUGGGAUGGUGGCAUGACAUGAGGUAUAUGGGCUCAGAUCCCAGAUACAUUCAUAUCAUUAUAUAAGUUUAGUUAUAAAAGUUUAAUUUCAGGGCAUCCUAUAGCUUUAAAUUCACAGCUGGGCCAGCAGGUAUGUGAUUGGAGGGCCCCCUGCUGGCGGAAAGCCCGCGAAAAUAAGUUAUAUAUAGAGCCCCCCCUCGCAGCACCCGUGUCAGCGCAGCCUGGGGAUAGCUUCAGAAGAAUUUCACCUCUGACCUGCUCGUCGCUGGGAAGAUGUCAGCACCAGGGAGCAGCAAUAGACAGGCUGUGGGACUUGCUCCGACUGAUAGGGAGCGCAUAAUGAGCUGGAUACAGACAGCACGGCCGGAAGAACUGAGCCGAAUGAUGCAGCAGACAGGCAUUGCGUCGCACACCAAUGAGGACGUGGAGGAGGCGGCUACUCCUGAUUCAGAAGACGCCCCCAGUCCGUUAGGCAGACCCACUGUGAAGAGAAAGCUGGCUCUGAAGUGUUCCACACAGAGAUAUGCAGCAAAGACAAAGAAGGCUGCAAUAAAGACUGUUAACAGCAGGAACGCGUGGCCAGCUAUGUCCCCGCCUAUGGCUAGCACUAGUCAGGCUGUGCAGGGGGAGUUUUUCCAGCCCACUGAGUCCAGUGGAAUGUUUAAUAAAACGCUGCCUGUUAUGUCUUCCCCUCCCCUAUUCUCUUUCCAGCAGGCACCGAGUGACACAGGCAGUGUGAGCAGGGAACAACCAGGACCCUCCAUUCAGCAAGCAGGCGACAUUCAGAAAAUUUGGAUUUUAGGACAUUCUUAUGUACACUGGGCAGAGCUGAGAGCACAGAUCCGGAAGGGUGCAGCAAAUUUAUACCUUUCAGAUAAAAAGUACAAAGUAAUAUGGAAUGGUAUUAGGGGCAUGAGAUGGGAGAAGCUCUUCCAAACUCUAACAGUGAUGUUAAAAACAUGGGGAUACCCUAAGGUGAUUGUGAUACAUUUAGGUGGAAAUGAUAUAGGGUUUAUAAAAACAAUCCAAUUGAUUAAGUCCAUAAAACAAGAUUUGUGCCAAAUUUCUUUAUUUAUGCCUGAUGUUUAUUUGAUUUGGUCUGAAAUUGUCCCUCGGCUGUGCUGGCAAUCCCAACUAUUAAAACCACUUGAGAAAUGCAGACGUAAAAUUAACCAUUCAAUUGCCAAGUUUGCAGGCAAGUUGAACAUAACUGUAUACAGACACCAUGAGUUAGAGAAUGGUUUUGAAGGAUUGUUUAGAGAGGACAAGGUCCACUUGUCAGAAAUAGGAUUGGAUAUUUUCAAUGUUGGACUGCAAAAUGCAGUGGAAAAAGCCUUGUUUUGUGGAGGGGGGCCAAGCCCAAGUUAAGGUUUUAACUGGUCUUGGCGUGGCGGAUGUUUAAAAUGUUAAUUGGCUCCUGGCCGAUACCAUGGCGGGGCUCAUAUAUACACUGAAUGGCAAGCUCUGCAAUUGUACGGAGCUGGGCUUGGUUAUUACUGUUAAUUUAAGCAGUGAAUGUUAAUGGAGUAAUUACAGAUGCUGUUUAAUAAACUUGGCUGUGGCCUUUCUCCACACAAAACAAAGUGUUUAUGUUUUAUUUUACUAAGAACGGUUCCUUAUGUUUAAAUGUUCAUGCCUACUGAUCCCAUGUCCCAUUGGGGGCUAAAUUAGCCUCUUGUGGGCAUGGGAUGGUGGCAUGACAUGAGGUAUAUGGGCUCAGAUCCCAGAUACAUUCAUAUCAUUAUAUAAGUUUAGUUAUAAAAGUUUAAUUUCAGGGCAUCCUAUAGCUUUAAAUUCACAGCUGGGCCAGCAGGUAUGUGAUUGGAGGGCCCCCUGCUGGCGGAAAGCCCGCGAAAAUAAGUUAUAUAUAGAGCCCCCCCUCGCAGCACCCGUGUCAGCGCAGCCUGGGGAUAGCUUCAGAAGAAUUUCCCCACCCACCCACCCUCAAGUUAUAUAAAUUUAAAAAAAAAAAAAAAAAAAAAAAAAAUGUCACAGCCAAUUAUAUGGUUCAUAAUAAAUGGAUUCAUUAAUGGCGGAUGUUUAAAAUGUUAAUUGGCUCCUGGCCGAUACCAUGGCGGGGCUCAUAUAUACACUGAAUGGCAAGCUCUGCAAUUGUACGGAGCUGGGCUUGGUUAUUACUGUUAAUUUAAGCAGUGAAUGUUAAUGGAGUAAUUACAGAUGCUGUUUAAUAAACUUGGCUGUGGCCUUUCUCCACACAAAA